CAAUAAAUUUUUUAUAAAACACACACUUUAAAUGUUUCCUAUUGUCUUUUCUUUUUAAGCCAUUGCCAAUCUUUUUCCAGUACUGCUCAUCACUCACUUAGUCCCUCUCUUAAAUCACCCAUCUAACCUUCUUUCUCAUUUCUCUCCCCCACCAUCUCCAUCACCACCACUGCCACACACACAAAAAAACCCUUCCUUUCUUCUGAGAUCACCUUCACCUUUUAUCUUUCCACUUCUUUUUAUUCUUAGUCAUGAAAUCUUCAUUUCUCAACUAUACCUCUCAUCAUCGAAAUUUCGUUCCCAUUUGCAAUUCCUAUUUCACUUUCUUGUAGCAUAUAACCCACUUCUCCAUUUUCUUUUUUCUUGCAUUGCUUUUACCACUACAAGAUUUGGGUAUUGCCAAAGACUAUACCAGUCAUUCAGUGUUUUCUUGUAAUUGUUGAACAUGUAUAUCCUCCACAGACUGACCCAUCAUUGCAUUUAAAUUAAUUAUGUCUGCUAGUACACACUCUUGAAGAAAGAAGUUUCUAUUCUUAACUCUCUUGAUGCCAAAAGUCAUUGAAUUUGAAGAUGGAUCUGAUACAGAUAUCUCCAAGAUCCGUACAGUCCAUGUUCAAUGGUUGUGGUGGUGGGCAGAUUUAGUAAUACCCAUCAACCGGGCUACUGAUUUCAUUUCACCAAUGAAAAGGUCAGUCCGUCCAUUUUUUAGCAUUCUGUUAUUGAUUGUGUUUGCUAUUACUCUUACUUGCCGGAUCUUAAUCCGGAAAGGUGCUUUCUUUAGCUCAAUUGAACUUGAAGCCAACGUAAUAGUCCACCCACCACUCCCAGUUUUCAACUCUACAUUGCUUAAAUAUGCAGCUAUUGAUAUUGGUGAAGCUAAAUCUAAGCAAGAAAUAGAACAAUUAUUAGAAGGUAAUUUUUCUAGUCAAGGGAGAUAUAGGACUUUUGCUACUCGGAGAAGGUUCAAUAAUCAUGAUAUCAGAGCUAGUUCAUCCAGAGGUAUACCUGUAAUAUUUAGGUCCCCUCAGUUUUAUAGGUACUGGUUAGAGUUUAGGAGGGUCUUACAGGAUUGGUCAAGAACCAAGAGGUAUCAACCUGAUAUAAUGAAUGAAUUGAUACAGCUUGUAAAGAUUCCCAUUGAGAGACGAAAGGGAUUGAUGGGUUCAAACAAGAAGUACGGUUCUUGUGCUAUAGUGGGAAAUAGUGGGAUUUUGUUGCAAAAAGAUUAUGGAGAGCUGAUUGAUAGUCAUGAGAUGGUAUUUCGACUGAACAAUGCAAGGACUGAGAGGUUUGAGCAACAUGUUGGGUCUAAAACUAAUGUUUCCUUUGUAAAUAGCAACAUAUUGCAUCUUUGUGCCAGGAGGGUAGGAUGUUUUUGUCAUCCAUAUGGAGCUGAUGUUCCCAUGGUUAUGUAUAUCUGUCAGCCUGUGCAUAUGCUGGACUAUACUAUUUGCAAUACUUCGCACAAGGCGCCUCUCAUUGUCACUGAUCCGCGGUUCGAUGUGUUGUGCACAAGAAUUGUGAAGUAUUACUCCUUGAAGCGGUUUGCUGACGAGACAGAGAAGUCACUGGAUGAAUGGAGCUCUACGCAUGAUGGUUCCAUGUUUCAUUACUCUUCUGGUUUCCAAGCUGUGAUGCUAGCGGUGGGGACUUGUGACAAAGUUAGCAUCUUCGGCUUUGGGAAAUCAGCACAGGCUAAGCAUCAUUACCAUACUAAUCAAAAGAGUGAGCUUCGGUUGCAUGAUUAUGAAGCGGAAUAUGACUUCUAUCAUGAUUUGGUGAGCAAUCCACAGUUAAUACCAUUCAUUUCGGACAGGUUCAAGUUUCCUCCUGUGGUAAUUUACCAAUGAACUCUGUCUGGUUGUCUCUUUUUACUGUUCAAAUUGGUGGCAGACAUGAAUCUUUGUGUUGUAAUUGUAAUCACUUCCACAAGAGAGUAAAAAAAGAAAAAGAAAGAUUUCUGUUUCAUAUUCCUAUCCUGUACCAUCCAAGGUAGUUUAGGAUGAUUCUAAAUGUAAAAUUGGCAACAAUAUGAUUUCAGGAUUUGUCUCCUGGCUUGCUUUUGUA